UCAGUUUCGAUCAGUUUUGAUCGAUAUCAGCUAGGAAGCAGUAACUCACUCCCAGGCAAGACACAAUUAAUGGGCUGCAACUGGUCCAAGACGCAGGACAGCGAAACGCUGCCCAAUCCGUUGCAGCAGCUGCAGGCAGCUGAGGCGCCGCAGCUGCAAUCGCAGCAGCGUCGCCGCCAGGAGGAGAAGCGUCAACGGCAGCUGGCCAAGCUGCAGAAGCGCAACGCGCGCAAGCGUCGACAUCAACGAGGCGUCGGCAGCGACUCGAAGGCCAAGUCAAAGACCAAGGCAAAUGGCAACGGCCCGCGGGGCAGUCUGCGUGGCAGCAACGGCAACGCCGGCAGCAUUCGUGGCAGCCACAAUUUGGCACCUCAGCUGCGUCUGCUCGGCGGCAGCAACGGCAGCAGCGCCACGGAAUGCGUCAGCGCUCUCUAUGCACGCACGCUGGAGCAGCAGCGCGAGGAGCACCAGCGCAUCAUCGAGCAGAAGACACAGUAUCAGCUGGAGCGCCAGCUGCACACGUUCCUGCUCAACCAGCUGCUGCUGGGCAUACAGUUCUUUGGCCACUUCGAGCACGAGCUGGCCGCCAUCGACGAGCAGCUGCUGGCCAAGCAACGCGCCUGCGCCCAGACCCUGACCGAGCACAGUCUGCUGCAUGCCAGCGCCAUCGAUGCAGCUGUGGCCAAGCGUCUGCUCUUCAAGCCGAUCGAUGGCCCGCCAAGGCAGUUGGCCGGCGGCAAGUCACAGGGUAAGGCGCAACCCUUGCAGAGGUCCCUGACCUAUGUGGUGUUCGAGAAUGUGGACAUUGCUAGGCCGAACGAUGCCAACUAUGAUUCGAUAGCUGCGCUCUGCAAAGUGCUGCUGGAGACGGACUACUACAGCACAACGCCCUGCCGGUCGCAGUAUGUGCAGCAGCUGGAGCAGAGCCGUUGGCUGGGCUAUGUGCGGCUGAAGCUGCGCGAGCCGAUGCCGAUGCCGACGCCGGUGCGACGCUUGAGCAGCAGCCCGAGCAGUCCGAGCAGCGAUGAGGGCGACAUCGAUAUCGAUGGCAUCUACACGGAUGGCAGCUCCGGCUAUAGCACUGGCGUCGGAGCUGGCUCGGGCAGAGGCAGCUGGUGCGAGGGCGACUAUGAUCAUGUGUACAUAGCGCGCCUGAACACGCAGCGUUCCAUGGAUGAGCUGAAGCUGAUGCGGGAGCCACUGCAGCGCAAUGUGCUGCCCGAGGCCUGCAUACGCCGGCUCGCCAGCUGCCUGCCAGCCUGGCUGGAGCAGAGCGACGACGACGACGACGACGUGGAGAGCAAUGAGACCGACAGCGACGAGGAGGAGACGCAGCAGCAAAGCAGUCCUUCCGGCUACGAGACAGUGCAAGUGCUGCGCCAAUGCAGAAUGGAGCAGCAGCGACGUCGUGAUCUCCUCCAGCAGUGCUACCUCAGCUCUCAGCAGUUCAUGAACUACUUUGGCGAGCUGCUGCGCCAGCAGCUGGCAAGGGAGCUGGGCAUCAGCCAGGCGCAGCUGGCCGCUGGUAGCUAUCGCGGCUGCAGCAUCUACACGGCCACCGAGGAGCUGGUCCCAGCCAUACACGUGCCGCACAGCUGGCCGGACUGCGCCUUCGAGUUCAAUCUGCGCGCUCGCCCACAGCUAACGAAUCUGCACACGGGCGACAGGUUCCAGUGGCCAACGACGCUGAUGCGCAAGCGCAUCCAAUCCUUCGGGUUUCAUGUGGUGCCCGUGGGCUAUACGCCGAAGCGAGCACGCAAUCCGUUCCGCGAGCUGGAAUGGCGCAUCGUCUUUCCCCAGGCGGAACAGUUCCUGGAGCGGCACUUGACGCGCAUGCAGCUGAAGGUGCUGCUCCUGAUGAAGGUGCUGGUGCGCACGUUCGUCAACGAGAAGUGCCAGGCGAUGGGUCACAUUAUGGAGCAGCUGCGCACGCAUCUAUUUUGGCAAUGCGAACGCCACAGCAACGACUGGCCCGAGGAGUUCCUCGGCGAGAAGUUGGUGCGCUUCGUGCGCUCCUUCGCCGAUUGCCUGGCCAAGAAGCAGCUGAGCGACUAUUUCAUCGAGCGUCGCAAUCUGUUCGAGCACGUGCCCGAGGAUGCGCUCAUGGAGCUGCGCACCAUCAUGGCCGGCAUCGCCGAGCAGCCGCUGAUGCACGUGCUCCAGGCGCUGCGCAACCUGCAGCACGCCGACAACUUCUAUCCCAAGCUCAACUAUGAGCGGCUGCUCGAGAAUCUGGUGACGCACGACUAUGUGCAGCUGCGCAGCUGGGCGAAGUUUUCGCGGCAACCGUUGCCAGUGGUUGAGCAGCAGGUGAAGGAGGAUGAGGAGGAGCAACAGCAGCAGCAGCAGCCGGAGUCCCAUGACGCAGCACAAGGCUUGCUCGGACUGCAUCAGCAUCAGGAGCGAACGCGCGGCAAGCUGCGUCGCAAGACACAAAUGCUGCGCGCCCAGCAGCUCAAGCUGGCCGAGGAGCAGCGACGCAGCUCCGUGGACUCCAACACGCUGGACAUGCCGCUGCUCAUGCCACGUGCAUCGCAGGCAUCGCAUACGUCCAGCAACUUGUCGUUACCCACAGCAGCUGGGCCGCAGCUCAACGACGGCCUCGAGAUCUUGCGCUGCACCAAUCUGCUGGAGCUGCUGCUCGACCACAUGCUGGCCAUGCUGGCCAAGGCAACGGAGUUUCGUAAUGCCCAGCACGCACAGCUCUACUUGGAGCAGGCACAGCGCCUGUGCCGUCUCUACCAGCAGCUGGGCUGCUCCCAGAAUGCCCAUCACUACACGGAGGCGCUGUGCCAGGCGGCUAGCAACAUGGAGCGCGCCGGCCAGAGCAAUCAGAGCACUCCGCGCGUGAGUGGCAACUCGAGCCCCAUGCGCCGCAAGUCGCUCAAGUUUGUUGAGCAUGUGGUGCAGAUACAUACGGGCGAGGUGCUGCCACUCCAGCCGCCCACGCCGCCCACCGCUAGGCGUACGCCGCAGCCGCAGCCGCAGCCGCCUGACGACAUCAUUGUCGUGGCACAGGAAGUGGAGCCACCGCCGCCAGAGACAGCCAAGGAGAGCAACGUGCUGCUCGGUUCGCUCUUCCAGCGCCUCCAACUGGAUCCGGGAGCACUUCAAGCGCUGAGCACCAAGACGGAGCAGCUCAUGCAAACCUUGGCGCCGGAAUCGAAGCGUGACGAAUUGCGCGAUUUGUUCAAACGCAACACACAAAAGGUGAAGAGCGCUUUCAAUUAGCAAUUAGCAAAUAGCAUAACGUCAACAAGAUAAUCGACAUAGCCUUCAGUCAUGGCCGAUUAGACUCUGUCUUGAUAACCGAAAGACCCCACGGCGUAUCGACUUCUGGACUAACUAUCCGUAUCUUACUAAGCUCUUUACAUACAAGCAAAAUUACAGCGUUUCUUUCACUGAAAUAUAUAUAUAUAUAUAGUAUAUAGUAGCUGAUGUUACCCGGUCCAACUAAAUCGACUAUCGCUGGAAUUUGGCAUAGGCUGACCCAGCAAGAGUGUAACUAUUUCCGAUAGCUAUAUUUCAGCUAUUACUCAAUUUAUCUAGAACGUUUGAUUGCCGAAAUAUGCCAUACAUUUUGCCAUUUCAGCUGGGAGAGUCUUAGACCAGCUUGUCAUAGCUAAUGCCAAUGCAAACGUGGCUUAAUCAGUGAGACGAGUUGAGUCGAUUAAGCCCUGUCUGCUCGUCCGGCUGUCUGCAUGUCUGUUCGAUCU